AUGAGUUCAGAGGCAAGCCGCACAAGGAUCCCCCCUAGCUUCAGUUCGCGCAUUCUUCGGGGUCAUCAAAGCACCAGCUCUCUGAAACGUCAUCCCUCUGCCCCGGUCUAUCCGCGGUCCUCUCCCAGUGGCAGUCGCGAGCACGCCCGAUCGCGAUCAAACGCAGCUCCCAACCCACACUACGACUCAUCAUCAUCCUCGCUCGAUCACAGUGGCGGUCCCUCGCCCGGCUACGAGGAGGCGACACAGUUCCCCAGUCACACCAGUCACAGCUCUUCGCGCUCUCGAACACGCUCCCACCGCUUCUCCUAUGAUCAGCCAAGUUCGGAUGAAUUAAACGGCCCAUACGAAACGCGGGGCAUGCUCAGUGCACUCGAUGAGAAUAGCGCCGAUACCCAGCCUCAAACCCAUAUCCAGCAACCCCCGCUGCGCUCUCAUCACACUAGUCCCGACCCGCGUGGCCGCACACCUCUCCGACAGUCCGCCAGUUUCACCACUCUACCGAGCCGCAUGGAUCCAUUUGCUCAUCGUGAGCCUGAACGGCCUCCACAAUCUAAGAGAUACUCCGACGAAGGCAACAAUGGCCCGCCAGCUCGGACGGGGAGAAGCAAAAAGGCCAGCUUCUCCAGCUUCGUCAACAGCAUGCUGGGCUCUCCUCGCAACAUGAAGAUCUCAGCCCCCGAAAAUCCGGUUCAUGUCACUCACGUUGGAUACGACAACCAGACCGGUCAAUUCACCGGUCUCCCCAAAGAGUGGCAGCGUCUGCUGCAAGAGAACGGAAUUUCAAAGAAGGAACAGGAGGAGCACCCACAGACCAUGAUGGAUAUUAUGCGCUUCUAUGAAAAGAACACUCGAGGCGACGACGAUGAAGUGUGGCACAAGUUCGAUAACGCGUACUCCGCCAACAACAACGGUCGCGCGCCCUCGCCGCCUGGCAGUCCUCGGUUUCCCCAGAAUCAUGAAGGUAGCUUUGAAAACCCACGAUCGCCGCCUCCGGUACCUCGUGGGCCGCCUGUCGCAUCGCCCGCACCUGCCCCUACCAUGUCUCCUCUGUUGGGCAGUUUGGUGCCGCACCGCGCUCCUCCCAAGCCGCCCACUGGUAUGACGCCCGCCCGCCCGCCGCCCCAACCUCCUGUAUCCCAGCAAUAUGCUGGCUCCCCGCAGCGAGCUGUGCAGGAGUCAUUCUCUUUCCCCGCACCGCCCAUUCCCGAGUCGAUUCCAAUUUCCCAGUCGCCGAAACGCAGUCCAUCUAGCUCUCGCAGCGGCACCCCUGCGCCCAAGGGACCGAUCGCCUCCCCCACUCAAUACCAGCAGCAACAGGAGCAGGCCAUGGCAGCUGCCCAGCAAGCGAUAGCACAGAAGCAGUUGGAUCGCAGUACUAGCCAACGUCAGCAGCAACAGCCACCACCUCAACUUCCUGCGCUCGCCACAAAUGUGGGUGCUCCAUCGACGGAUCCUUCCCCGACUUCGCGGACUCCGCCAGCAGCUCGACCUCGUCAACGCCAGCGCCAGAGCAAUCUAAUGGAUGUGCGUCAGCGAUUGCUGUCCAUUUGUCAUCCCGGUGAUCCUACCCAGAUCUACUACAACCUCAACAAGAUCGGUCAGGGCGCUUCCGGUGGUGUGUACACGGCCUAUGAGAAGGGAUCAAACGGAUGUGUGGCUAUCAAGCAGAUGAACCUCGAUCUCCAGCCUAAAAAGGAUCUGAUCAUCAACGAAAUUCUUGUGAUGAAAGAUAGCAAGCACAAGAAUAUUGUAAACUUCCUCGAGAGUUUCCUUCAUGGCCUGGACCUGUGGGUCGUCAUGGAGUACAUGGAAGGCGGCAGUCUCACGGAUGUGGUAACUUUCAACAUAAUGAGUGAAGGGCAGAUCGCCGCGGUUUGUCGAGAGCACUUGCAUUCAAAGGGCGUCAUUCACCGUGACAUCAAAUCCGAUAACAUCCUUUUGUCAUUGGAUGGCAACAUCAAGCUGACCGACUUUGGCUUCUGCGCGCAAAUAAACGACUCCCACAACAAGCGGAACACCAUGGUCGGCACUCCUUACUGGAUGGCACCCGAGGUAGUCACUCGCAAGGAGUAUGGCCGCAAGGUCGACAUUUGGAGUCUCGGUAUCAUGGCCAUUGAGAUGAUCGAGGGUGAACCGCCAUAUCUAACAGAAUCGCCGCUCCGAGCACUUUAUUUGAUCGCUACGAACGGCACUCCGACCAUCAAAGAUGAACACAACCUGUCGCAUGUCUUCCGCGACUUCCUCCACCUGGCACUUAAGGUCGACCCCGAGAAGCGAGCGUCAGCUCACGACCUGUUGAAGCCACUAACCUGCCUGGCAGCACCCAUUCAUGGGCUUGUGCUCCCCCUUAACCACCUCGCUCCGCUGGUCAAGGCUGCUCGCCUCAGUCGGGCUCAGGAGAAGGCCCAAAAAGGCGGCGCCUAG